UAGAAAAGAAGGAGUUUGCGGAGUAGGAGUAGAUGUUGGUGGAGGAGGAGGAGGUGGAGGAGGUGUUAAAAAAGUUGAAAAAGGACAAGAAGUUGCUAAUAAUGAAGAAGAGGGAGGAGAAGCUGGUGAAGGAGGAGAAGGAGGAGAUGAUGAUGGUGGAAACGCAGAUGAUCAUUCUGCCGAUGAUUUAGAUGAUGAUGCUGAUAAUGAAUCGAAUGAUAAGACUUGUUUUGAUGUUAUGCUUGAGAAACAUAAAGAAGCGUUUAAUGGUUCCGGCAAUGUAGUUGGCAAAUUAGAAGAUAUGCUCAAAGAUUAUGUUAAUGUGUUUGAACAAUUAAGAAAUCUGCUUAAUGAUUAUAGCACAAUGUUUGAUGAACUGCUCAACUUUUUUAACAAUCUGAUGAAAAAACUACUCGAACUUUUUAAUGAUUUGUUGGUGAUACUGAUUAAUUAUUUGAAUAGUAUAUAUGAUAAUCUAACGGAGAAUCUAAAAGAUGUACUUAGAUAUUUUAUUAAAAUGAUGCUUACAGAAAAGAAGGUUGAAAAGAUGCUAAUGGGGAUGAUUAAAAAUUUAAUUGGUGAUCAGCUAAAGAAAAAAACAAAAAAGCCGUUCAUAGAUUUUAAGUUAGCGUUGGAAUAUGAUGCAAAAGAUGUAUGUGAUGAUGAUGGGGAAAAAUAUUUGGCAAUUUCUACGAAUCUAUCGUUAAAUGCUUCAUAUAAUAAAGCUUUGUCAGAUGGUUCAGAAGAGGAGGUAUUCAAAUUUCAUACAUAG